AUAUAUUUCAAGACUUGAAGUUUGAGCCUCUCUCUCUCUCUCUCUUUUUCUUUGUCUUUCCCAUUUACCAGUUAUCUUCUUCUAGCUUGAGCAAUCUGCAGAUUUAUUUAAGUUAUUAAUUAAUUGAAUUGAUUGAUUAUCAAGGAUGGGAAGGCAGCCUUGUUGCGACAAAGUUGGGUUGAAGAAAGGGCCAUGGACUGCUGAGGAAGACAAGAAGCUCAUUAACUUCAUCCUCACCCAUGGCCAAUGCUGCUGGAGAGCCGUUCCUAAGCUUGCAGGCCUAUUGAGGUGUGGGAAAAGUUGCAGACUGAGAUGGACAAACUAUCUUAGACCUGAUCUGAAAAGAGGUCUUCUUUCAGAAUAUGAAGAACAAAUGGUGAUUGAUCUCCAUGCUCAACUUGGCAACAGAUGGUCUAAAAUUGCUUCUCAUCUUCCUGGAAGAACUGAUAAUGAAAUCAAGAACCAUUGGAACACCCACAUCAAGAAAAAACUAAGAAAAAUGGGCAUUGAUCCUCUCACUCACAAGCCUCUUACAAUUACUGAUCAACAACAACCCCAGAAAAAUCAACUGGAAAUUCAUCAAGAAGUUAAAAAACAAACACAGCCACAAGAAUGUUUGGCGAACAAGGAACCUGAAAAACCGCCACAGUCAUCAAUCACCGAGGGGAAUAAAUUAGAGGAAGGAGACAAAUUUGAAACAAUGGACGUCAUGGAGAACAACAGCAGUUUUUGCACUGAUGAUGUUCCGUUGAUUGAACCCCACGAGAUUGUUGUGCCAUCGACUUCAUCUUCAUCGUGCUCAUCGAAUCAUUCUUCUUCGGAUCAUUCAUCCAAUUUCUUGGACGAAUGGCAACUUCCUGCAGAUUUCCAGUGGCUCAACAUGAACAUAAGCUUAUGGGACGAUGACUUUAGCAGUUGCUGGGAUUUGUUUAUCAAUGAUGAAGUUGACAGAAGAAUGGCUUUUGAUCAUCAAGAAUCUUCGAAAUAUGGGCUCUUGUAAAUUGGAAUAUUCACAUGGUCGGGAUUUGUCACAGAGAUGAAGAUAGUCAAUCAAAAUAUCCCCGAAAAUUGAAACCCCAUUUUUCUUUUAUUUAGUUCUCUGUUCUCUUUUACGGUUUGGAAAAAAGACACAAAAUAAACUAUUUUUUGCACAAUGAAUGAAUGAAAGUAUCAUGGAUUGUCUAUUCAGAA